GCGAAUGCGCAAUUUUGCGACUGUUUGUCGUCUGGGUCGCUCUUAUCAGCCAUGUGCACAAGCAGAACGAGAACCUCAACCAUAACCACAAGUCGGGACACUCAACACUCAAACAGCAGCCCGUUCUUAGACUAUAUUAAUAACAGUGAUAAAAGGCCCCAUACUCAACUGGAGGCUAUAAGCCACACCCACAAUUAAUUGACAACUGGCAAGAGAAUGAUGCAAGGCGUUGAUUUUGCCACCGACAGUGUUGACGAUGUCCUCAAUCAAUCAUUCAUGGCUCAUACGUUGCCAAAUGCCAGGCCUAGCCUUGGUAGUCUGGGAGUUGGUGUCGGUCUCGGCCACGGUCUCAGCCACAGUCCAAGCCCCAUUCAGAGUCCCAGCCCGCAGCUGUUGUUGCUGCACAAUGACAAACUUCUAACACAUGUCGCUCAAAUGCUGAACAUCACGACCGAGAAUUUAACAAGCCUGCUUAGCGCAAACAUCACAAACGGGAAUACAACAAACACAACGACGACAACCACGUAUGGCAUCUACGAUGAAUCCACCACGCUGCUCAUAGUCCUAACUAUCUGCUAUGCGCUAAUCUUUGUCGCUGGCGUACUUGGGAAUCUAAUCACCUGCAUUGUCAUAUCACGGAACAACUUUAUGCACACGGCAACCAAUUUCUAUCUGUUCAAUUUGGCUGUCUCUGAUUUGAUAUUGCUAGUCUCAGGCAUACCGCAGGAACUAUACAAUUUGUGGUGUCCUAAUUCGUAUCCAUUUACGGACGGCAUUUGCAUAGUGGAGAGUGUCCUCUCCGAAAUGGCUGCCAAUGCCACGGUCCUAACAAUAACGGCAUUCACCGUGGAGCGUUAUAUUGCCAUCUGCCAUCCGUUUCGGCAACAUACGAUGUCCAAGUUAUCGAGAGCCAUCAAAUUCAUUUUUGCCAUUUGGCUGACGGCGUUUUUGUUGGCACUGCCGCAGGCAAUGCAGUUCUCGGUGGUUAACCAGGAUAAUGGUGGCUACUCCUGCACGAUGGAGAACAAUUUUUAUGCCCAUGUAUUUGCCGUCUCAGGCUUUAUAUUCUUUUGCGGCCCCAUGACGGCAAUUUGUGUGCUCUACGUCUUGAUUGGAAUGAAACUGAAGCGGAGCAGACUGAUGCAAUCGCUGCCACGGCGAGCCUAUGAUGCGAAUCGUGGCCUAAAUGCGCAGAGUCGUGUCAUCAGAAUGUUGGUAGCUGUAGCCGUUGCCUUCUUCCUGUGCUGGGCGCCAUUUCACGCCCAACGCCUUAUGGCCGUCUAUGGAGUGUCGUUGAUUAAUGUGUGUCGUUGCCAGGAUGCCUUCAACGAUUAUUUUCACAUUCUCGACUAUACAUCCGGUGUGCUCUACUUUCUGUCCACCUGCAUUAAUCCGUUACUCUAUAACAUCAUGAGCCACAAGUUCCGAGAGGCAUUUAAGAUCACAUUGACACGUCAAUUUGGCCUGGCGCGGAAUCAUCAGCAGCAGAGUCAGUACCAUCACCACAACUACAGUGCACUGAUGCGACUCCAGGGGUCGAUGCGGCUGCAACCCGUUAGCUGCAGCAACAACAAUAAUGCCAUGGAACCGUAUGGCUCUUAUCGUGUGGUGCAGUUCCGUUGCCGCGAAGCCAGCCAUCAGUUGUCGCUGCAGGACAGCAUCAGGACCAAUAACACAACCACAACCACAAACAGCACUAGUCUUGCAACGACUAUCAAUAGCAGUGCUGCUGGUGCUGGUGGUGGUGGUAGUGGUGGUGGUGCUAGUGUUCGGCGUGUUCGCAAGUCGGACUUGUAUGCAGCUGGUGUGGUGCCUAAGAGCAUUGUGCCACAUCGUUUGUUGCAGACGCGUCUCUCCUCAAACUCGCAUUCGCUGCUCGACACGGAACUGGUCGAAGUGGGUCGCCGUGGGAAAUGCGCUCUGCUUGCCACCAACAAUGGACCGCUGCUUUUGGCCAACUCUCAGCCGGAGGAGGUACAACCCCCAACGCGAUUGAAACUGUCGCGCGUUAUCAGUCGGCGGGAUGAGGCGACGUACAGUGGCAGCAGCAGUCUGCCCGAGCAGGAGACUUGCCACAGUGCCACAGAGAUAACCGCAACAACGACGACGGGUGGCGAGGUACGCAAAUUUCAGUGGCGCAAGAAGCGGCAAAAGCAGAACGUGGCCAAUAACAAUGAGAGGAGCGAGGGCAGAGUGGGCUAUGCCACGCCCAAAUCGCUGUGAUA